AUGUCGAAUGGACCGAAAGGAAUUUCCAAAAAGUUCAAUAUUGAUUUCCAAGACAGUACUAGUCUUUCUCCAUUGCAUUAUGGGGCUCUAUGCGAUAAUCGUGACAUUAUUGAACUGCUCAUCGAUUCUGGAGCUUCGUUAGAUAUUACGGACUGUAAUGGCAUGUCUCCACUCCAUUUAGCUUGUUGGAAAGAUGCAUUAAAUGCUUUAGAUAUUUUAAUUGAAGCUGGUGCUAACGUUAAUCUGCAGUCUCGCAGCGGCGAUACACCUCUACAUUUAGCAGUGCAAGAUGGCCACUUCAAAGUGGUCAAAUUUCUGUUAACAAAAUCAAUAGCAGCAACGAUGAAAAAUCGAGCUGGAGAAACCGCUCUAGAUCUCGCAUGCCAAUAUGGCUACAAAAAGGUUGUUGAAGCCUUGCUGGAAGGAAUAUGGAAAGAGAAAUUUGUUCAUAUUCAUAAGGAUGAUCAAAGUCCGUUAAUGACCGCGGCCCGUUGUGGACGUGCAGAUAUUGUAAAUGUAUUAGUUGAGGCUGGAUUUGAUAUCAAUCGUAAAGCGGCUAAUGGGACGGCAUUACAUGAAGCUACAUUAUUCAGUAAAAUCGAAGUAGUAGAACUAUUAAUCGAGCAUGAAAUCGACGUCAUGAUUAAAAAUGACUUUGGUGAAACCGCAUUAGAUAUUGCUAAUAAAUUUAAUUCCUCGGUCUUGGUCGAUGAAAUCCGCCUUCUUAUUGAAGGAGCUAUGAAAGAAAAGGAAAAGCCGUCCAGUUUCAGACAUAGUAUAAGAAAGUCAGCUCAUCUUGAUCAGGAUAACGAAAAUUCAGAUAAGACUAAUAACGUUAAAAAAAGUAAGAAAAAUAAAGCAUCUUCAUUUGAUAUUCCCGAAAGCUCGACAGUAGCACAAACUGAAAUAGUCAUUGAACAUUAUCCCGAUCCGCGAAACCAUCUACAUGGAAUAGGAUCCAAUGGCCGUGGCAGUGGCAACCAUAAGCGUUCUAAUAAUAUGAUGGACGUAAGAGAUCACUCCGAAAGUGGGCAAAUUAUUAGUAGUCAUACUAGCGUGCCAUUAGACAAUAGUGGUCGAUCUAAACCGGUUAGGAUUGAAAAAGAUGGGGCUAUAGUAUCAGCCUUUAAUCAGAUUACAACAGAAAAUGCUGGAUAUAUUAAUCAGUUAAACAUCAUGCAAAAUAUUGCUUCUCACAGGCUUUUAGACAUUUCUCCUACAGGGAAAGUACCUCUAGGCAUGAUGCGUGCCAGAACUCUAUCAAUGUUAGGACCUAAACGAAUAAGUCGUUUAGAUUUUAGCAGUGAUAGCAUAGAAGAGAGAGAAAGAACUUACAGUAUCGACUUUAGUCACGAUGUUUAUACUCUUAAUCCUGCUAUCGAUGGAGCAAAAUCCACAGUUGAGAAAGGAAAGUCGGAUAGUAAAGAUUUUGAAAAGCCUAGUAGUCUAAAACUCUGGUUGCAUACUAUCGAUCAAGAAGAAUACUCUAAUUUAUUCAUUCAAGCUGGAGUCGAUAUGAAGAUUUUGCCAUACCUAUCUAUGCAGGAAUAUAAUGCAAUAGGCAUCACGGAUUCUUCAGAUCAAAGAGUUAUCCUUAACGAGGCUAUUUCUCUUCCUCAUUUUCCGAUUUUGAUUGCUCGUAGUCCGUAUAACGUAAAGCAUUGGUUGCAGCUUCUGCAAUUAUCAGAAUAUUUAUCCAAUUUUUCGGACAACGAAUAUGAGAGUAUAUCAUCCGUAAUCGAUAUAACACAAGAAGAUUUAAAUGAAAUAGGAAUCCAUAAAUUAGGUCAUGUUAAAAAAAUUUUACUUAGUCUUGAAUGUAUAAGGGCAAAAUUCAACAGAAAUUCCUUUCAUCGAUUUUCAAGUGAAACUAAUUUAGCAACAUAUAGUGUAACCUCGCGUAGCCCAUCACCGGCGGAAACAUCAGUUCCAAUAGACGAUUCUGAUAUCAAGUGCAUGACAAAUUCCAAUAAUCAUUUAGCUUUAUCAGAUGGAGGGAAUAUUUAUUCAUUCUGGAGACUAAGUAACUAUGGCAGUAAUAGCAGCUUGCGUAAAGAAAGUCCAUCCAGUAAUUAUCCGGCAAAUGAUGAAAGAAAUGGUAUUGACUCGAUGUCUUCGUCAAAUGAAGAAAACGAUAUGAACUAUUAUUCAUUUUUAUCACCUAAUCUUAAGAGUUAUUGCCCCAAAAAUGCCAAAGAUGAUGAUACUGCAAACGCCAAUAUCUUUAAUUAUGAUUAUGAUGCUGGUAAUUAUAAACAAGUAGAAGGAGUCGAUAAUCCUAUACAAGAUCUAUGGGAUUCUGUGACAGGGAUGCAAGAUUCAUUGCUAUUUACCAAAAUUGAACCUUCCCACUACUGUACAGAGAUGGAUGAUAUUUCUAAUGGAUUUGAUAAAAUGGCAGAAUCACUUCAAUCGCCGCCUUCGGAUAGAGAAACGAAUGAUUCUCUAUCUAGCACUUUCAAUUAUUGCGAUGAUGGCAGUAUGCGUAGCCUAGCAGAUAGAUUGACAUUUUUAUCACGUCUUGAUUUAAUCUAUUUAGAUGCUUUAGCAAACAUGUUUUUCUCUACAGCGAAAGAAUUCGAAGUCAUGUUAACUAAGCUUGAUUAA